AGAUUUUUUAAUAAUCGUCCUAGCGAUUUAUUUUUGAAAUUAAUGUCGAGGCGGUGAACCGGCUUUACUCCUGAAAAAAAAAAAUAUGACUGAAAAAAUGUAUUAUUGGGGCGAGGAACGUGAGCCGGUUGAUCCGGAGCAGACGUUCAUAGAGUUCAAGGCGAAAAUAACUCCGGCAGGCGAGUCAUCGCGUGCUGGUAGCAAAAAAAUCACGACGUCUCCGCAGAUCAGGAGUUGUAAUGAACCGGUUGUGGGGAUAAGCCGCGAGGAUGACGAAGAAAGGGGCGGCUGGGGCAAUAAAUUAGACUUUUUGUUCUCGUGUAUCAGUGUCUCCGUGGGGUUGGGAAAUGUAUGGAGGUUUCCUUACCUCUGUUACAAGAAUGGCGGUGGUGCUUUUCUUGUUACUUAUGGGAUAGCCAUGAUUUUCUGUGGCAUCCCUAUUUUCUUCCAAGAAGUCGCUGUUGGCCAGUACCUCGGGGCCGGUGGAAUGACACUUGUGGGACAGUUGUGUCCUAUCCUUCAAGGUGUUGGAUAUGCCACAAUGACGAUAGUCUUCUUCCUUGAUGUCUAUUAUUGUAUAAUUAUUGCGUGGACACUAUUCUACCUCAUCAGCACAUUUGCCAGGCUGACAAAUUUACCUUGGAGCUCAUGCGACAACUGGUGGAAUACCGAUGACUGUUUCGACGCCUCCAAUGGCACGGAUUUGAAAAAAUUCCAAGCAAGUCACUCGGUUAAUUUGACCCAUAAUGAGAGUUACCAUCACACUACUCCAGUUGAAGAAUAUUGGGAACGAAGAGUACUGGGGAUAACUGGCGGCAUUGAAGAAAUCGGCGGGAUGCAGUGGGAACUGUUGGGCUGCCUACUGAUCGGCUGGCUGCUGGUUUACUUCAUAAUCCGGCGGGGUCUCCAUCAGAGCGGUAAGAUAAUCUGGUUUUCAGCAUUGUUCCCGUACGUCGUGCUUUUCAUUCUUUUGGGAAGAGCUGUCACUCUGGACGGAGCUGAAACCGGUCUUCUUUACUACGUGACUCCUCGGUGGGACGAACUUCUCAAACCGGGACCGUGGAUUGAUGGUGCGACCCAGAUCUUCUUUGCCUACAGCAUCGGGACUGGCGCAUUACCGGCUCUUGGUUCUUACAAUAAAUUUCAUCAUAACUGCUACAAAGAUGCACUUAUAACAUGCGUAGUAAAUACUUUGACUUGUUUACUCGGUGGGUGCGUUACAUUCUCGAUACUUGGUCAUAUUGCUCUCGAACAAGGCACUGAAGUAUCGAAUGUUGUUAAGAGCGGUCCUGGUUUAGUAUUUUUAACGUAUCCUGAAGUUGUUUUGAAACUUGUUGGCGCUCCUGUUUGGGCAAUUAUUUUUUUCUUCAUGUUAAUUAUCCUGGGGCUCGACAGUGAAUUCUGUAUAGUCGAGUCUUUCAUCACCGGAGUCGUCGAUAAUUGGCCUGACACUUUGCGACCUCAUCGUAACAAGUUCACCGUAGCUAUUUGCAUUCUCAUGUUCCUGUUAGGUAUUCCCAUGGUUACUCACGGCGGAGUUUACAUUUUCCAACUGAUGGACUUUUACUCGGCUAGCGGUAUGUCAAUACUGUGGGUAUGUUUCUUCCAAACAAUAGCAAUAUCUUGGAUAUUUGGUGCACAAAAAUUCUGCGACUGUAUUCAUCAAAUGAUGGGGAUACGGCUCAAUAAAUUUUGGUACAUUUGUUGGCUUGUGUUUGCGCCGGUUAUUAUGGCUUUUAUCUUCGUCUUCCAAUGUGUCCAAUACAAGCCCCUAAAAUACGGAAGCAAAUAUGAGUACCCGACGUGGGCUGAAGUAGUGGGAUUUUGUCUGAGUUUCUCAUCGAUGAUGUGGAUCCCUGCAUACGCUAUUUACUACGUUCUGGCCACACCUGGAUCAAUCAAAGAGAAUAUUUUAAAAGGAAUAAAACCCAACAUCAAAUCGAGGACAAAAUUACCAACAGGAGAAAAAUCAGCCGUGAUCCCAAUGUCCGAGAGCAGCGCGGGAUUAAUUACAAAAAACAGUAGUUUUUUAAGUCAAACAUGAUCACCAGUAUUAUAAUUAUAUUUUUGUUGGUAUAAUCUAAUUAACUUAGGUUAAUAAUAAUAAUAAUAAAUAAUGUAUUAAAUAGGUACUGUAUAGAGUAAUUGUAAAAAACGUACAGAGUGAUAUUUGCUGUAAGUAUUACUCCAUUUUUAUAAUUUAUGCGUUUUCUAAAUUAAUUAAUUGUUUGUUUAUAAUGAAAAAAAAUUAUUAGACGUUUGGAUUUGAAGUUUAGACUAGAAUAUAUACGAAUCAGUUGGCCUAAGCACAAAAUUUUAAUAAUUAAAUUGAUUAAAAUUUAGA